UUUUGAUUGAUCGAUAUCGUGCAAAUCGCGGUUUUUGACGUGUCGUUUUAAAUCAAAUUAUUCGUUCGAGCAACAAGAAUUUGAGCGCAAAGUGUCUUUUCAGGCCACUUCAAGUAUUCGCAUUGUCUCAUUGUUUCGCUCAAAAUGGUAGAUUGUCCCGGUCCGGAUGGGGCGACAGUUCCUCGACUACGAACCUCCGAUUUUUACAGAACUUGUCAGCUUCCGAAGAGAUUUGAUUAUCCCAGUUGGUUUUAUGGAUACGGAGUUGAUAGAAAACCGCCCGAGCAUCCGUUCUACCGUACAACUUCAAGUGAUUAUGGCAGAUACCCACCGACAAUUCACACCGUUCCAACAUCAUUUUUCCCGAAUACCCAAGACUUCACUAAGGCACUUGCUAAGGCGGGCAUGUAUAGAAAUUAUUCCCUAAACACUGGCUUAGAAAGUAAUGAAAAAUAAUAUAAUAUGUUUCAUUUUGAUAUACCUACUAUGUAUUUUAUUUGUAGAACGUUUAUGUUAUAUAUUUUAUGAAAAAUAAAAUUUCCAAAAUGUU